UUCAUAGUUGGAAGCAAGUUGACAUGGGCAGAUAUCGCAUGCAUGCUUCUCAUGGAUGAUUGGGUAGCUGGGGGAUUUUACACAACGGAAUGGCCUACGCUCGCCAGACAUGCUCAACGCAUCCGGGAAAUACCAGCCAUUGCAAAAUGGAUACUGGGGCGACCAAAAAUGACACCACCAACGACGGGGACACCAUCGCGAGAAGUGACACCUUCACCCGAUGUAAUACCACCUACAGAAGUGACACAGCAACAAGCUUCUGAAUCUGUAACUACGGAAGAUAUCCCUGAAGGUCCGUAUAAACUGACGUACUUCAACCUCCGGGGUAGAGCAGAAUUGACCCGGAUGAUCUUUGCCUCCAAGGGUAUAGAAUACGAGGACAUUCGAGUUGAGUUUAAAGAUUGGCCUGAAGUGAAACCAACAACCCCACGGGGAUAUUUACCGUUACUUGAAGUCGGGGGCGUCACUAUUUGCGAGAGUCAGACAGUUGCACGCACUGCUGCACAUAUAGCAGGAAUCGCUGGUGAAACAGAACUGGAAAGAGCGCAAGCGGAUAUGAUCAUUGACUGCUACAGUGAUAUUUUCGACAGUGUUGUAAACGUAUUUUUUGAAAAAGAUCUAACUACAAGGAAUGAACUUAUAGCAAAACUUAAGACUCAGACACCAGAGGGCCUUAAAAAUCUCGAAAAGAUCCUCGUGGAUAAUGAUGGAGGCGAUGGAUUCAUAGUAGGAAGCAAGUUGACUUGGGCAGAUAUAGCAUGCAUGUUCAUAUUGGAUAUCCUCCAUAAAAUGAUGCCGGAAGCUGGUGUUGAUUUGGAUAUGUCUGCACUAUGUCCUCAACUAAUGAGUCAUUCUGGACGUAUAUGUGGAAUACCCGCCAUCGCGAAAUGGAUAGAUGAACGACCGGCAGAGGAACCUCGGAAGUUACCCAUCCUACAAGCUCCCAUUCCUAAAGGUCCGUAUAAACUGACCUACUUUGAUAUCCGAGGAAGAGCAGAAUUGACCCGGAUGAUCUUUGCCUCCAAGGAUAUUGAAUUCGAAGACAUCCGAGUUGACUUUAAAGAUUGGCCUGAUAUGAAACCAACAACGCCUAAUGGAGUGUUACCGUUAUUGGAAGUGGAAGGUGCAACUAUAUGCGAGAGCCAGACCAUUGCACGCACAGCUGCACAUAUAGCAGGUAUCGCCGGUACAACAGAAGAGGAAAGGGGUCAAGCAGAUAUGUGUGUGGACUGUUACUGUGAUGCAAUAAACCAUGCUGCUAAUUGGUUGAAAAAUAAAGACGACGAGGAAAAGGGGCCUGAACUAUUAAAAAAUCUAACAGAGACACAACUUCCCACUGGUUUAGAGAACCUCCAAAAGAUUUUAGUUGCGAAUGGAGGCGAUGGAUU